AUGACAAGUGAUGAAUUGCAGCUGACAUUCUUCUCUAAUGAUGGACAUGAGCGUGAGAAACAUCGCAAAAAGAAACAAUAUACUUCUAUUAUACUCAUGGCUAUACUCGGAGAUCCAACUAUUCAACGGAUACUCGAUGAGGUUAACAAAGCUGCCAGUGGUGGCGUUUUGGGCAUCGCUGGAAAUUAUAUCUCGGAACCUGGCGAUGGCAUGACACAGUUUGAAUCUCAAUUAACGUCAUCGUCCGAAAGCAAUUUCUUCAACGAAGACCAAUCGCCAUUGUUCUAUCCAACACCGGAUAUGUUCAACAUGGGUGGUUUAACAUCAUUCGACAACAGUAACGAUCUCAAUCCAUUGCCAUCCGUUUUACCGAUGACAAUACCAACAGAUUUCGAUCUAUACAGUGCAGGCAUAUACAAUACAAUGCCACAGAGUUAUUUGAAUCCUUAUGAGAACUAUCAAAAUGUUACAAAAUUCAAUCUUAAACAUCACCUGUCAGAUGCUAAUUCAAUGAGAAAAUCAACAAGUAUUUCAACUACAAGUAAUGAUAUUAUAUUCGAAAUUAAUCGUCCGCAGGACUAUACGACAUUCCCAUCGAAGAAAUCAUCGUCACCGCAAAAUAUUAACUUUAAUAACCACACGACAACAGCACCACCACCACUGCCAACAACAACAACAACAACAACAGCGUUACCAAUGGAUAUUCAAGAUUGUAAUGAUAUUCCGAGAACAGCGGAACAUAUUCCAUCGGAUUCAACAGAUACAGCAUCGUUAACAAUGAAUUUAACUGCUGAUAAUCAAGAUAUGGGUUCAAUACCGACAAUGGAUAAUAACGAGACGGAUCAACAAUAUUCAAAUCCUGCUGGAAAAAUCUUUCACGAUCCAAAUCCUCAAAUCAUUCAACGUAAAGGCUCUCAUUCAGUGACAUAUAAACAGAACAUUAUUGUGCGAUUUCUACAACCGCCACCUAUACCCAGUGCUGGUCCAUUGAUUAUCAAAGAGGUACGCGCGCCACAAUCGUCACCACUGCCACCACUAGUUAUCAAGCAACGUCCAACUCCACCAAAAACACCACCACCACUUGUUAUCCGAGAAAAACCACCUCCAGUACCACCAACUCUUGCACCAAAAGUGAUCACACGACAAUUACCACCUGAGCCCGCGCCGCCACGUGCUGUGAUUAUUGAACGUUUACCACCACUACCAUCCAAACCACGUGAUAUCAUUAUUGAACGAUGGUUACCUUAUGAGGUUGUCAAUGAAAAACGUAAAGUGGUUGUACAACGUGCGCCCAAAUCGAAACAAUCCGCCCAACCAAAAAAUGUCAUCAUAACUUAUGAACCAGUUCAUGCAAAUAUUAUUCGUAAUUUUCAAAAGCAAAACGUUACUCGUGAGGAUCCACAGCUCUAUUUAAGCCGCUACGGCUCACAGUUAUAUGAUCCUGAACUUGUCAUUCAACAAGCCCGAGCUGUCGGUGUCGUGGAGGAUCUUAAUCCACCACCACGACCAAUGUUCGGCUCGACAAUGACAACGAUGGCUGCCGUCGAUCAAGAUUAUGAAUUACCGACCGCAAUGAUAACAGUGGAUGAUGAUCAACGUGAACAUCAAAACAAGGUUGAAAAUAGUGAUAACAAUGACGAGAACAAACAGCAACAGAUCGUUGAAGACGAAGAAGUUGAAGUGAUGCAAUCGUCGUCAGUAAUACCUGCUCAUUUGGAGGAUAACGUUCAAGAAGAGGAUGUUUUAGUCGAAGAAAAUGUUACGCCAUUUUAUAUGAAUUCAGGUGAAAAUCUUCAGCAGACACUUCGCCGUUUAGGAAUUGAAUUACCAGAAAAUUUGUUAAAUGAACACAACUAUUGA